GGAAUAUCAAUAUAAACUUUAAGCUGGGCACGAGCAGUCGUGGUCGCUUGCGCGUCUUCAAUCGCACGUGAAUCGGCGCGGGCGCCGCGGAUAAACAAAAAUAAAAUAAAUACUGUGAUAACCUAUGUGAUUUUAGUAUAACGCAUAUCAUAUACUUAGAUGGCCGAGACAAUGAUAAGAGCGGCGGAGGCAUGUCCGUGUCCGCUGCGGGAGAUAGGGCCGUCCAUGGCCGGUUCCUGUGGGAGUCAAUUCCUGCUAUUCAUGAGUAUUUUGGAGUCGUUCGUGAAUGGUCGCUGCGAUAUUGUGGACCCUUGCAACCGAGUACCGGAGAGAGAUACGUUGGACGAAAGCUAUGACUUCAUCGUGGUUGGCGGUGGUACGUCUGGAUCGGUAGUGGCUGCUAGAUUGUCAGAAAAUCCGCAAUGGAAGGUUUUGCUGAUAGAAGCUGGAGGUGACGAGCCCUCCCAAUCGUCAGUGCCAGCCUGGGUCACAGCUUAUUGGAGCCGAAAUGAUACUGAUUGGAAUUAUUAUACAGAACCACAGCAAAGGGCUUGCCUAGCUAAUGGUGGAAGAUGCUCUUGGCAUAGAGGGAAGAUGUUAGGAGGUUGUUCAGUAGUCAAUGGCAUGAUGUACAUGCGCGGUCACGCAGCUGAUUACGACGGUUGGGCGGUCAACGGUGCUACUGGCUGGUCGUGGUUCGAGGUGAUGCCCUACUUCCUGAAGAGCGAGGAUAAUAAGGAAAUAGGUUCUGGAGUGUCCGGACAGUACCAUAAUACCGGCGGGCCACUGCCAGUACAAAGGUUCCGCUAUGCACCUCGUUUUGCUCAUGAUGUUGUAUCGGCAGCCAUUGAAUUAGGUUAUCCACCAACCAGCGAUUUGAAUGGAGAAUCUUCUACGGGUUUUACCAUCGCACAAGCGUUUAACGACAAUGGUACUAGAUACAGCACAGCGCGUGCCUAUCUACGACCGGCAGCACAUCGGCAGAACCUAAAUGUCCUGUUAAAUGCCCUGGUGUCCAGAGUUAUCAUAGAUCCUACAACGAAGAGAGUCACGGGCGUGGAAUAUAUUAAAAAUGGAGAGACUAAAACAAUCGGAGUAACAAAAGAGGUUGUCUUAUCAGCUGGUACCAUGAAUUCACCACAAAUUCUCAUGCUAUCUGGUAUAGGACCAAGACAAACGUUGGACAAGUUCAAUAUACCUGUUAUUGUGGACCUUCCCGGCGUUGGUCAGAAUCUACAUAAUCAUGUCGGAGUGACGCUAGACUUUACUUUGACCAAGGAACCAGACCUCCCAGAGUUGUCUUGGGAGAGUGCUAUGGAGUAUAUGUUAGAGAGAAGAGGACCACUGUCUGGAACUGGUUUGUCCCAGCUUACGGGCAUGAUAAACUCUCGCCUGUCGUCCGCCGGCGGGCGCCAUCCCGACAUCCAAUACUUCUUCAGCGGUUACCACGCGUCCUGCGGCGACGGAUCCGUCGCGCAGCCGGAUCAGAUAGCUAAUAAGAGGAGGAUAUCAAUAUCAGCAAUAGCACUGCAACCACGCAGCCGAGGCUACCUCACCCUGCAGUCAGUGGACCCGGCGCAACCUCCUCUGAUGCAGCCCAAUUACUUCUACAAUGAGCACGAGCUUAAUGUACUUGUAGAAGCUGCAAGAACGGCGUAUCGGCUGGCCAAUACUACGAUUCUCCGCGAGAAAUACGGUAUGCAACCAACCGAAGGCUACGGGCAAGAGUGUCCAGGUGGCGGUUUGAACCCCACGGACGAGUUCUUCAGAUGUUUGGCUCAACAGCGCACUGCUCCUGAGAACCAUCAAGUGGGCACUUGCAAGAUGGGCUCCAACGAUGAUCCUAUGGCUGUUGUUGAUCCUUCCCUAAGUGUGUAUGGUGUUGAGGGUUUGCGAGUAGUAGACGCAUCAAUAAUGCCUACAGUACCCUCAUCGAACACUGCAGCGCCCACGGUAAUGAUCGGAGAGCGAGGGGCAGAGUUUGUUAUCACGAGGCAUCAGAGGUUCAAGAAUAGAUAUGGAACGGAUAAUGUAACGAAAGGCGGUGCUAUUAAUAAUGACAAUAAGUGGAGUAAGUGGGACGACAGACCGUGGUCGUGGAACAAGAAUUGGCAGAACGCGUACAAACCGCAAGAUUGGUACAGACACAAUCAUGUGAACCACGCUAAUUAUCAAAUUUCUAGAUAGGACUACACUGAAUUUUUUGAAUAUAGAUAAAUAUUUAAUAUAUUUAUUACGAAUGAAUUCUAUUUCAUGUAUUACUAUUUAUAAUAUUCUUUACAAAUCGUUAAGAAAAUGAUGAUGAUGAUUAUGCUUAUAUGGGAAAGUGCAAAAGUUUUUAAAAAGCGUUUAUUGUCUUUAUCUUUAAGUACAAAUUAUACUAUUAUUCUUUUAUUAAUCCUAUUAGUAUUUUUUUUCCAAAAGGUUUGACUUUAAAAGAUUUCUUAUUACAAGAAUAUGUCUAAAAGUAAGAUAAAAGUUGUCCAACAAUUAUGUGUAAUGGAAUUAAUUGUUACUUAGGUAUUAGUAAUAAGAGAGGUU